UCUUCUUCACCGACCCAGUGGACGAGUACCUGAUGCAAUACUUGAUGGACUACGAGGACAAGAAGUUCCAGAACGUGUCCAAGGAGGGCCUGAAGCUGGGCAAGGACUCGAAGCUCAAGGACCUCAAGGAGUCAUUCAAGGAGCUGACUGACUGGUGGAAGAAGGCCCUGGAGAGCGAGAACGUGGACUCGGUGAAGAUCAGCAACCGGCUGCACAACACACCCUGCGUUGUUGACACCUCCAAGUACGGGUGGAGCGCCAACAUGGAGAAGAUCAUGCAAGCGCAGACCCUCUCGGACUCGAGCAAGCAGGCGUACAUGCGUGGCAAGAGGGUGCUGGAGAUCAACCCCAGGCACCCCAUCAUCAAGGAGCUCCGCGACAAGGUCGCCCAGGACAGCGAGAGCGAGGGCUUGAAGCAGACGGCGAGGCUGGUGUACCAGACCGCCCUGAUGGAGAGUGGGUUCAACCUCCCUGACCCCAAGGAGUUCGCAUCUAGCAUCUACAAGUCGGUGCAGAAGAGCUUGGACCUGAGCCCUUAUGCGACAGUUGAGGAGGAAGACGAGGCUGAGGAGCAGCCCGAGGUGGAAGAGAAGGAGUCGGCCAAGGAGUCGGAGCUGUCGUACGACAAGGACGAGCUAUAGGGUGUUCGGAAAUGU